UUGGAUCGAGCUAGUAGGCUAGCCUCCCGUGUUUUGGGGAGAGGUGUUUAGGUUGCUUGAUGGGGAGGGUUGCAUUAUUUUACAUAACCGUAUCAGCAAAAUGCAUACCUCCCAAACUUGCCCAUCAAUUUAUUUACUUCGUGUAACACUUAAGGGCUGUUAGGUCGAUGCAUAUCAAAUGAUAACGUACCUAAAGCUCUGUCGUGGUUAUCCAUCUUUUGAAGAUUAACCAGUACUGGGACUCGCUCCUUAUUGCGAAUUCUUGCGUCUUUUGCUGUCGGAAUGUUCUCUAAAAAGACUCAUGGAGACGUCAAAAAAUCUACACAGAAAGUGUUGGAUCCAAAAAAGGACGUGCUGACUCGUCUGAAACACCUGCGAAUAGUAAUCGAGAAUGCUGAGCCGUGUGACCUGAAACACUUCUUUGACCAGUACUACUCCCACAUCUACUAUGUGUUCUUUGAGAACUUUGUCACCAUCGAAGUCAGCCUCAAACAAAAAGGUCACAAAUCACAAAGGGAAGAACUGGACGCCAUCCUUUUCAUUUUUGAGAAAAUCCUGCAGCUGCUGCCAGAGAGGAUACAGGGACGAUGGCAGUUCCACAGCAUAGGGUUGAUCCUGAAGAAGCUGUUACACACUGGGAACUCCCUGAAGAUCCGACGGGAGGGGGUGCGUCUGUUCCUCCUCUGGAUGCAGGCCCUGCAGGGGAACGCCCUGAGAGAGCAGCUGUGUAUGUUUGCCUGCCUCGUCCCCGGCUUCCCCUCCCCCCUGUCAGAACUCGGCCCCCGCACCCUGGACAACCUGGUCAACCCCCCCCUCAGUCUGCUGGAGACGCAAGUGACCCCAGAGGAAAUCAGCCCAUUGGUUGCUCCCCAGUCAGGUGACAAGAACCAAGAAGACCUGACUGGCUACUUUCUGGAGGCUCUGCUCAAAUACAUGGUAACGCAGGCAAAGAGUCUGGAGUGGCGUUGCAAGGAGAACCAUGAGAAAGGUUUUGCCUUCCUGUUUGGAAACUUCAAGAAGUUCUACCUUCCUCACAUCUUCCCCAACUUCUCCAAGGAGACCAGCCUCUACCAGCCCAUCCUGGAGGUGCCCCCCAUGCGGGCGAAGCCGUACUACUGCGUGGUGCGCCGGGAACAGGAGAGCAGCGAGAUGGUGUACUCCACCAAGGACAGCUUCCUGCAGGCCAGGGUGAUAUUCAUCCGCUGGCUGGUGUCCUUCUGGCUGGAGCUCCGCUCCAACACCACCACCCACAUCCCCGGGACGGAGGGUGAGAACGUGCCCAAGAACAUCCAGCGCGCCGCAGCAGGCCUGGCAGCGCGCCUGGAGGACGGGGGCGGUUGCCCCCGGCAGCCGGACGGCCUGGACGGGGGCGUGGGGGCGUGCGAGGGGGAGCAGAGCCACUCCAACACCAGCACCCUGACGGAGAGGGAGCCCAGCUCGUCCAGCCUGUGCAGCAUGGACGAGGAGCAGCUCACCGACAUGGAGGUGGUCCGCCGGGUGCUCUGCUGCUCCAGGACCAACGUCAACUUCAUCACGGAGAUCUUCAGACAGGCGUUCCUGCUGCCCAUGUGUGAGGCCGCGGCCAUGAGGAAAGUGGUGAGGGUGUACCAGGAGUGGAUCGCCCAGGAGGACAAGCCAGUCUUCAUGAGGGAGCCAGAGGAGGGCCUAAAUCCCACGUCCGGGAGGAACAGCCAGGAGCCGGGGGGGCCGCAGGAGAAGGAGGAGGAGGGUGUGAAUAAAAUGAUCGACAACGAACUGUUGGAGUACAGUGUUCAUGCUGGAGUCCAACCAACUCUACAGGUUUUCAUCACCAACUCUUCCAACGUGUUCCUCUUGGAGCCAGCCAAUGAGGUGAAGAUCCUGCUGGAGGAACAUGUGGACAUGUGCAAGAGAGUCCUCAACAUCUACCGGAGCCUGGUCAUGCACGAGACCAUGGACCAGAAGACCUGGGAGCAGAUCCUGCUGGUGCUCCUCAGGGUAACGGAGUGUGUGAUGAAGAGGCCUCCCUCCAUAAUGCCCCAGGGAAAGAAGAGCAUGACUCUAUCUGGACGUCUGGCUGGAGCCGUCUUCCAGACUCUGAUCGUGGCGUGGAUCAAGGGGAACCUGAACGUGUACAUCAGCCGCGAGCUGUGGGACGACCUGCUCGCCGUGCUGUCCUCGCUCACCUGCUGGGAGGAGCUGGUCACCGAGUGGUCCCUCACCAUGGAGACGCUCACCAAGGUCCUGGCCCGGAACCUCUACAGCCUGGACCUACAGGAGCUGCCGCUGGACAAACUGAGCGAGCAGAAACAGAAGAAGCACAAGGGGAAAGGUGGAGGUCUGGAGGGGCAGAAGAUGGUUGUGGACCGCUCCUUCUCCAAGGGCUGGAGCAGAGACCAGCCGGGCCAGGCGACAGCCAUGAGGCAGCGCAGCGCCACCACGGCCGGCUCCCCGGGCAUCGAGAAGGCUCGCAGCAUCGUGCGUCAGAAGACUGUGGCCCUGCGUAGCUGCUCCACAGGUGACAGCCUCCUGUCCUCAGCCUUUAUCCGCAGUGCUAAAAGUGCUCCGGUGCUGGUCCACCCUGCCCUCCCUCUCCUGCCCGACUCUGCCCUCCCCCCACUAGCUGACCACCUGUCAGAUCUGGAGGACCCCCCUAUGGCCAUGGCCCCCCGCGCCCCAAGAAUACGCCACGCCUCCCAGAGUGAGGAAGUCCCGCCUUCUGAGGUGUUCUCUGCGUCAGGUGACCUGGAGGCCCCGCCCCCACCCCUCCCCCGCAGCAGCAGCGCCUCCGACAUCAUGGAGCCCUUCAUCACCGAUAGGGUCAAAGCCAAUAAGGAGGAGGGGAGUCAGAAGACACGCCCUGUGUCCAGCGAUGCAGGAAGCAGCAACCCAAACUUUACUGACCUGAUGGACGAAUUCAUACAGGAGAGACUACGGACCAGAGGCACCUCUGGUCGCCGUGGCAGCAGCCCAGGUAUUCUGGAGAUCCCCAAGGACCUCCCAGAGCUGCUGGAGCGUCAGGGAGCCACGCGGCCCGUGGACGACCCGGGUGUGCCCUCGGAGUGGACCUCGCCCGCCAGCGCCAGCGGCAGCGACGUGGUCAGCUCCGACAGCCAAUCAGACUCCUUCAACGCCUUCCAGUAUUCCAACUGCAAGUUUGAGAAUUUCAGUUUUGGCUCGGAGGCUGGUGGUAACGGAUCGUUGGACCAGGACAGCCUAGGAGGGGGCGUGGCCCAGAGCGCUGACGAGCAGGAGGUAGCGAGUCUGACCACGCUCAACAUGGACUCUGAGACCAGCAGCCUCAGUCAGCACGGCCUGUCUGCUGAUACUGUCACCAUCACAGGGUCAGAGAGUGCGUCUCCAAUGCACUCUCUGGGAGGGUCUAGAUCUCAGACCCCUUCUCCAGCCACUCUCACUGCUGAACACACUGAACACAAAGACCUGCAGCUGGAUGAGAAGCUGCACCACUCUGUCCUGCAGACUCCUGACGACCUGGAAACUAGUGAGUUUCCGACGGAGGACUGCAGUGUCAUGGCGGGCGGCACGCUCACAGGCUGGCACGCCGAUGUUGCCACGGUGAUGUGGAGGCGGAUGUUGGGUAUCCUAGGAGACGUCAACACCAUCAAAGACCCAGAAAUCCACGCUCAGGUGUUUGACUACCUGUGCGAGCUCUGGCAGAACCUGGCCAAGAUCAGAGACAACCUGGGCAUCUCAUUGGACAACCAGUCGUCUCCGCCCCCUCCGGUCCUGAUCCCGCCCCUUCGCAUCCUCACCCCCUGGCUCUUCAAGGCCACCAUGCUGACGGAGCGCUAUAAGCAAGGGAAGCUUCAUGCCUACAAGCUGAUCUGCAAGAUCAUGAAGAGGAGGCAGGACGUUUCGCCCAACUCAGACUUCCUCACGCACUUCUACAACAUCAUGCACUGCGGCCUGCUGCAUGUGGACCAGGACAUCGUGAACACCAUCAUCAAGCACUGCUCCCCUCGCUUCUUCUCCGUGGGCCUGCCAGGAGCCACCAUGCUCAUCCUGGACGUCAUCAUCGCCGCCAGCCGAGUCACCGCCAGCGCCUCGCUCAAUGCCCCCAGGGUCGAGGCCCAGAUCCUGCUGGGGUCUCUGGUGUGUUUUCCCAACCUGUACGAGGAGCUUCCUGCUCUCCACCCCACCACGGCCGACGUGGUCAUGACCAAGUUCAGAGACGUCAAGGAGCACAUCAUCAAACACAUCCUGAGUUCAGCUAGAGAUGAGCCCUCUGCUCCAGCACGGUGCGUGGCUCUGUGCAGCCUGGGGAUCUGGCUGUGUGAAGAGCUGGUCCACGGCACCCAGCACAUCCAGAUUAAAGAAGCUCUCAACGUCAUCUGUGUGACCCUCAAGUAUCCCAAUAAGAGUGUGGCCUUGGUGGCAUCAGACAUCCUGCACCUGCUCAUCAGCUACGUGGACCACCUUCAGAAGUUCCCCCCCGACACGCCAAAGAAGAUCGUGGAGAUCCUGAUUGCCACCAUCACUUAUUUGCUGCCCACUACUGAGUCCUCGCCCCACGAGCUGGACAAGAGGCUGGUGGUGUCUCUCCUGCUGUGCCUGUUGGACUGGGUGAUGGCUCUGCCUCCACAGACCCUGCUGCAGCCCGUACACACACUCAGCCCCGACAAGGACCGCAGCGACAAGUCUGUCCUCAGCUGCAUAUAUAAGGUGCUCCAUGGGUGUGUGUACGGAGCCCAGACUCUGAGCAGCUCCAGGUACUUCCCCCUGAACCUGUCUGACCUGACCAGCCCGGACUACGACCCCUUCCUGCCCCUGGAGAGCCUGAAGGAGCCCGAGCCUCUUCACUCCCCCGACUCUGAACGCUCCUCCAAACUGCAGCCCGUCACGGAGGUUCGUAGUCGACUCCAGCACGGUCUGAUCUCCAUCGCGGCCAGGACGGUCAUCACCCACCUGGUCAACCACCUGGGACACUACCCCAUGAGUGGAGGGCCUGCCACGCUGACCAGCCAGGUGUGUGAGAACCAGGACAACCCAUACAGUGAGAGCGCAGACCUGGGCCCGGAGCUCUUCCACUCCCCCAACCUGCACUUCUUCUCCCUGAACGGCACCACCCUCCUGUCCUGCCUGCAGAUCCGGGCGGAGGACGGCCUCCCUGGAGGGGGCAUGUCCGCCGGCCUCACCACCACCCCCGCCUGCGUGCGCCUCAUCGUCAGGGACAUCUCGGGGAAACACUCCUGGGACUCUGCCGUGCUCUACGGACCCCCCCCGUGCCCCGGGUCCGACCCCGAGUCUGGCUGUGGGUCGGGGUCUCCCUCUGGCCACGCCCUGCUGCUGUGCAGCCCACCCCGAGAGGGGAGAGGGGGGGCAGGGGAGGCGGCAGGGGAGAAAGGAGAGGAGGACUUCGGGGAGGAGAGGGAGGAGGAGGAGGAGGAGGGGGGCGGGUUGGAGGAGGAGGAAGACGAGGGUGAAGGGCUGGAGGAGGAGGAGCAGGGGGAGGAGAGGGGGGAGGGUGCAGAAGGGGACAGAAACAGGAGAGAGGAAAGGGAUGAAGGCAAGGCGGAGGACAGAGGGGGGUGUCUUGAGCUGUUGGCCCCGCCCCUCGCCAAGCGCGUGUGCAGGGAGGCGGUGCCAUCGUGGGAUGCGCUGAGAGACGGCGAGGACGCGCUGGACGAGAUGCUGCUGUACCUGGGAUACUCCAGCCCCGAGUGUCUUCAGCGAGCGGGCACGCCCCUCAACAUCCCGGCCCCGCCCCCCACCUGCGUGUCGGAGAAGCAGGAGAACGACGUCAUCAACGCCAUCCUCAAGCAGUGCGCCGCGGAGCGCGACUUCGCCCGUCACCGCGGCGACGGGCCGAACAUGCGUGCCACGGGGCAGAGCGAGCCCCUCCCCCAGCGGCCCCAGUCCCCCUUCUACUACUGCCGGCUGCUGCUCAACAUCCUGGGGAUGAACUCCUGGGAGAACAGGAGUAACUUUCACCUGCUUAAGAAGAACGAGAAGCUUCUAAGGGAGCUGAAGAACCUGGACUCCAGGCAGUGCCGAGAGACCCACAAGAUAGCUGUGUUCUAUGUAGCAGAGGGUCAGGAGGACAAACACUCCAUCCUGUCCAACACCAGUGGCAGUCAGGCCUACGAGGACUUUGUCUCUGGACUGGGUUGGGAGGUGAACCUGACCAGCCACUGUGGCUUCAUGGGCGGUCUGCAGCGUAACCGUAGCACCGGCUUGACCACGCCCUACUACGCCACCUCCACCGUCGAGGCAGUCUUCCACGUGUCGACUCGCAUGCCCCCUGACUCAGACGACUCCCUCACCAAGAAGCUGAGGCACCUGGGUAACGACGAGGUCCACAUCGUGUGGUCGGAACAUUCCAGAGACUACCGCAGAGGCAUCAUCCCCACUGAGUUUGGAGACGUGCUCAUUGUCAUCUACCCCAUGAAGAACCACAUGUGCAGCAUCCACAUCCUCAAAAAGCCUGAGGUGCCGUUCUUCGGCCCCCUGUUUGACGGAGCCAUCGUGGAUGAGAAGAUCCUGCCCACUAUGGUCAGAGCCACUGCCAUCAACGCCAGCCGAGCCCUCAAGUCCCUCAUCCCCCUCUACCAGAACUUCUACGAGGAGAGAGCUCGGUAUCUAGAGACGAUUGUCCAGCACCACCUGGAGCCAACCACGUUUGAGGAUUACGCUGCCCGAGUCUUCAGUCCCGCCCCCUGCCACCACCUCUCCUCCGAUGCAGGCUCAUGCCUAGAGAGUCAGUGGGGAGAAAGUCCAGCAGUGCUGCUCGACGGGACCGACUCAGCCUCGCCAAUGUCCCCUCGUACUAGCAAGAGCCGCAUGUCAAUGAAGCUACGACGCUCUUCUGGAUCAGCCAAUAAGACCUGAGUUUCCCCUCCAAAUCAGCCAAUAAGACCUGACUUCCUCCCCAACUUGGCCAAUGAGAACAGAUUUCCCCUUUGGAUCAGCCAACAUGACCUAACGAUAGCGUGCUGCCAUGCCUUGGGCCACGCCCAGCAUUUACCUGGGCUGCUACACCUGUCUGGCUCAACCGGUCUCUGCUGUUACAUCUUCCUGAACCCGCCUUACCUGUCGAGGUAACACUCAAUAAGACAAGAACUCCUGUCACUACCUGGACCAUCAAAACCAGCCUCCUUCAAACGAUAACAAAGAAAAUACAGAGACUUGUUCGUCUUUUAAGGUUACAUUAUAGGCAGUGAGAGAGUGUACUAUAGUUUGUGAAUAGUUUAUGUAUAGUGUGAUUUUCUGUCCGAUGAGUCAUGUGCCAUGACAGAAAUCACAGAUUUGAGGAUGGAGAAUAUUCAUUUUCCUAGUUGUUAGGUGGAUGCUAAUUGGUCAAAGUUUUUUUUAGCUAUGAAAGGCUGGUCAUGGAUUGGUCUAAGUAAAGCACUUCCGGUUACUUCAGAUGUUGUUGUUUGUUUAUUUCACGGUGAACGUGAAGCUGGUCCACUCUUGAGUAUAAUAUUCACUACUGUUUAUUUAGGGGUCAUGUGUUGUUUAUCUUUUUUUAUCAAGAUUGUAAAAUUGGUUUUCACCUGAUAAAGAAUGUUACUGAUUA